CAGGCUCCGAGGUCUGCGCUCUCCUCGCUCGCUCUCUCAUUCUUCGCUCGUCGCUCCUCGUCCCUCGCUCCGAGAGAGAGCCAUAGUCGCCGAGGGAACCGACCACGAACAUCGUCCAGCAUAGAAGCGCCCGUCGUCCUGCACCAUCCUCAGAGUUUGGGGACGACGACGUCACCGGCCCAUUCGGAGUGACCGGCAGAGAUCGACAUCCAGCUCUCGCGCCUUUUACUCUUGGGACCGAGAGAGAGAGAGAGAGAGAGAGCUCGGCUUCGUCUCUUACAUGCUCUGCCCUCGAAGCCUUUCCAGCAGGCGGUUGGAAUUCGGUCAUAACAGGUUCUGUAAUGGGAGGUGGAGCAGCUCAGCUGCUUCAUUCGCCAGUGUACGCCAGUGAAUUUCAUCAGUUGAGAAAAAGCGGUGAAAGGCUCGGGAGGGCGACUGGAAUUCGAGCUCUUUGCGCUCCUGGGCACUCGAGGGGUAGCUUUCGAGCGAAUCCUCUCGUGAAUUCCCACCUCAUUACACACGAAGCUCAGCUCAACGUCGGUCCCAUUCUCUCAAAUCGUCGUGCGAAACGCAUUCAUUUUGGAGGUCAUGGACGAGCGAAUAAGAGCCGCAUUUUUUGCUCUGCGGAUAAUGCCUCGGAAUUCAUCCAGUUACCGUCUGAAUUUUCUCCUGAAUUAAUUCGAAUUUCUGGAAUAGACACGGAUGUUGUUUACUCUGAGGCAGGAAUUGAAGGUCUCAAAAUUCUAGAUAAAGACAAGGUGAGGGUUACAGCUGAAGAACAAUUCUCACCUUCGUCCAAUGUCGAGGGAAAUGAAGAGCGCAUCGGUGAUCAGUAUAAAUCUGCAGCCGUUGCCGCUGCGGCUGGCGUUUUUGACGUUGCUGCUGAGCGCAAAGUCCAAGACAAUGGCCAUGCAAGCGAACAGCAGGAACAGAAAGUCGAGCUUGAUCAGGAAAUUCUGGAGAGUAUGGAAAAUCAGGAAGCAGCAGCAGCUCUUAUAGGUUCAGGAGACGAAACCAAGAGUCUGAUCGAGCAAAUGCGAGAAAUACUUGUCUUCGCUGGUCCCGCGCUUGGAAUUUGGCUUUCAGGGCCGCUGAUGAGCAUUAUCGACACGGCCGUCGUGGGCCAAAGUAGCUCGUUGGAGCUGGCUGCUCUAGGGCCAGGCACAGUUCUUUGUGAUCAACUGUCCUACGUAUUCAUGUUCCUCUCAAUCUCCACAUCCAAUCUCAUCGCUACCGCCUUGGCGCAUAAGGAUGAAGCCGAAGCAGCGGGACAUCUUUCUCGACUCUUAUUUAUUUCCUUAUUCUGUGGUGUAGCCAUGAUGCUCAUUAUAGAAAUUUUUUCUACCAAUCUCCUGCAAGCAUUUGUUGGCGUCAAGAACUACUCUAUAAUCCCUGCUGCUCGAACAUAUGUUCAAAUAAGGGCAUUAGCUUGGCCGAUAGUCCUGGUCGGUAUGGUUUCUCAGAGUGCCAGUCUAGGUAUGAAGGAUUCCUGGGGACCUUUGAAAGUGCUGGCGAUUGCUAGUGGUGUGAACCUUGUCGGAGACAUAGUACUCUGUAGUUUCUUCCACUACGGAAUUGCAGGGGCAGCAUGGGCAACCAUGGCAUCACAGUACAUUGCGGGGUUGUUGAUGUUAAAAUCACUUGGAGACAAGGGAUACAAUCCACUGGCCAUAAGUGUUCCAUCCUGGAGUGAUCUAUCGCACAUAAUGAAGUUGGCCGCUCCCAUCCUCUUGUCAAUGCUCUCUAAGGUUUGUUUCUACACUCUCAUUACAUACCUCGCUACUUCGAUGGGCGCUUUGACACUUGCAGCUCAUCAGGUCAUGAUUGGUGUCUUUUCGCUGUGUACUGUCUGGGGAGAACCUCUGGCGCAAACUGCACAGUCAUUUAUGCCUGCGCUUAUAUAUGGAACCAACCGGAACCUGAAACAGGCUCGCUCUCUACUACGUACUCUGAUAGUCAUCGGCAUGGUAGUUGGAGUAACUCUCGGUUGUUUAGCUGUCUCGGUGCCAUGGUUGUUUCCUGGCAUAUUUACAAGUGACCCGAUGAUCAUCAGUCAGAUGAGAGCUAUAACACUACCAUUUUUCCUCAGUCUCAUGAUGACACCCCCAACUUUAUCUUGUGAGGGGACGUUGCUGGCUGGCAGAGACUUGAAAUUCCUUGGCUACAGCAUGGCGUCUUGUUUCUUGGGUGGCAGCUUUCUUCUUCUCUUGUGUAACAAGCUUGGAGUAGGUUUGGCGGGGAGCUGGUGGACACUAGUAGCCUUUCAGUCGACUCGCUUCGUCCAGUCGUAUACGCGUCUCAGCGGUCCCAAAAGUGUCCUUGCAGAUGAGCCACUGUCGACAGGAGUUGAUGCUAUCCACGCAAAAGCAGCCUAAGUAUCUCAGGAAGACAUCAGUACGUGGCUGGACACAGACGACGGGGAUCAACCAUGUUCUAUUUGACGACUUAUCUCCACAUCUAGAUCACAAUUCAUUUUUCAGAAUGGGAGAAAAGGCUUAGAAUAAGUUGGGUGAUAGAACACUUCAUUGAGUAUCUCAAAAGAGAUAAAUAGUUCAAUAACUUGUCCCUGACGGAUUAUCGUCGAUAAGAGGGGUUGUAUACGCAUCUUGUCAACGUGCAAUUGUGAAUUCUAGAAUAUACUGGUGUUAAUACUGGGUCUUCGAAGGAUCCUCAGGCAGUGGUUCCAAGAGAUCCAGAGUGCCCAUUCGCCAGCUGAGAACUGUACUUUAUUGCGAUUGAUUGGAAUCUAACUUGCAGCCUUCGAACGC